AAAAUGAUAUUUUAUAUUGAAUUGUAGAAUACAGGUGAAGCAGAUGCAGGUGUACGUGAUAGUGCAUUUGAAAGUGUUGGUAUGUUAUGGAAAUGUCUUGGUGAAAAACAUAUUCUUCCACAUGUAACAGACUUAGAUGAACUUAAAUUAACAAAAAUAAAAGAAUAUGCUGAAAAAGCGAUUUUAUUAAAUGCACGUGGUGAACCUCGUCCACCACCAUCAGCUGCUCCACCUCCAACAACUACAGUCGUUAAAACGAUUAAAGGUGGUGGUUCUGUUGUUGUUAAACCAGAAGUUAUUGCAUCUGAAAAGGAUGAUGAUGAAGAAGACGUACCGAGUCCAUCGCCUCCACCUAAAGGAAAGACAACUACUGUUAAAAAGAAAACUGCAACAGGCACUAAAGCUGGGGCUGCUGCUGCUGAAACAACAGAUGACAAGAAAAAAGAUUCUAAAGGAAAAACAACUGGACCUGCAUCUGGUAAAACUCCUCCAAAUAAUACUGCUGGCCAGGGUACUUCAACAACAGGCAAAGGUGGUCGGCCAGUAGUUGCUUCUGGAAAAGGUCGACCAUCAACGGCUCCAUCUCCACCAAAACAACACGUGGAAACAGAAUCAGAAUCAACAACAACAGGACAACAAGAUCAUCAACGUCCUGGUACUGCACAUCGUAUUCAAUCAAAAAUUGAAAAAAAACAAGGUCAAUUUCAAUUAGCACUUGAUGAUGAUCAUAUGGAUGCUCUACGUUUACCUGAUCUAGUAUCAAGUGAAUUACCAAAUGAUUAUGAUCUUCCUGAUUUACCACCCCGAACUAUACCAACAACAUCAAUACCAGUUUCAUAUUUAGCUGCAUCAUCUGAUUGUCGUCAAUCAAUUGAUCUUGUUAUUGCACUUAUAGCUGAUCAUGAAGUUGCAAAUAGUUUAUCAUCAUUAGCACAAAUCGAUGAAGUUCUUAAUGAUGGUAAUAAAUGUAUAUUUCUUGAACAACAUGUUGAUAAACUUUUACGUAUGCUUUCAAUGAAAUUACGUAUUGCACAACAAAAUCAUUUAUAUGAUUCAUCAUUACCAAGUGAUAGUGUUGAACGUUUAUUUCGUGGUAUAUUAUCUGUUUUACUUGAUCUUUUUUCACGUUCACAUCUUGCUAAAUUAGCAACACGUGAUACAUUAAGAGAAUUACUUAAUGUUCUUUUACCAUUUGUUGUUGUAACAAUAACACCAACAACAAAUCAUAGUCAUAAUUUAACAUCAAGAAUUGAUAUAGCAUCAAAUGAAGAUUUUAUUCGUAUUGUUAAUGUUAUUGUAUUGAAAAUUUUACAAAAUGCACAUAUGACUAAUGUUUUAACAGCAUUAAUACGUCUUUUAACAGAAUGUUGUUUACCAAAUGAUUUUUCAAUUAAUGAUCCAUUUGUUAAGCUUGUACUUAAGUGUCAUUAUCGUUUGGUUCGUAUGUUUCCAUUAUCACUUAAAAAUAAUCCAUCAGAAAUUGAUUCAACACAAAUUUUAAUUGAAAUAUCUUCUUUUCUUAAACAACUUCCAUCACGUCGUUGGCAAUCAUCACCAAAUAAUGAUUUUCCACUUCGUAUAAUAAAAACUUAUCUUCAACAAUUAGUCGAUGAACGUCAACGUUUAAUUCUUGAUGAUUUAUCACGUAUACCUUAUGAUCAACAACCAAUAUCAGAUGAAAUGCGUCAUUAUAUACAUCGUAAAUUAAAAGCAUUAACUGUAUCAUCAACAAAUAGUGAACAAGUUACUCAACAACAUCAAGUUAUGUUAAAAACAAUUUUUCAAAAAUUUGCUCGUCGUGAACAAGUUAAAGUUGGUUUAGAAGAAUUAUAUGAUUUUAAAUUACGUUUUCCAAAUGUUGAUAUUAAUCCAUUUUUGGCAACAACAGCUGAUGCUUUUCAAAAAUUUAUUCAUGAAGGUUUAUCACGUGUACAUGCUCAACGUACAGCAGCAGCAACAGCAGCAGCUGCUACUGCUACACCAUCAACAAUAACAAAUUUAUCAUCACCAUCUUCAACUGUUCUUCGAGAUAAAACACAAACAAUAACAUCGGUUCCAACACAAUCAUCACCAAAUUCAUUUUAUUCACAAUAUGCACAAAUUCAUGAAGAAAAAUUACGUGCAUUAAAAGAACAAUUUGUUUGGAUUGAUACAUUACCAACAUCAACAAAUAUUGAACAAGAAAAACUUAUAUCUGAUGAUGAUUUUGUUACAAUUUAUAAUAAACGUAUGACAGCUAUAAAAGAAAAAUUUCGUGAUCAACUUGGUAAUACAUUUGCAUCAUCAUCGACACCAAUUGAUCCUCAAGUUUAUGCACAACAUCUUUCUCAAAUGCGACAACAAUGUGGACUUGCUACAACACCAAUUACAACAGGACAGGAUCCAUUUGAUGCUGAGGUAUGA